GCCAGCAACAUACAAAGUCCUCAGACACUCAAAAGACAUUAAAAAACACUGCUAUGUCCAUCCUGAAAAGGAGUUUGCUUAAGAUUAUCGUUAUCGGGGAUAGCGGGGUGGGAAAGACAUCUUUGAUGAAUCAAUAUGUACAUAAAAAGUUUACACAUCAAUACAAAGCAACAAUUGGUGCUGAUUUUUCCACCAAAGAGAUACAGAUUGAUGACAAACUAGUUACCUUGCAAAUAUGGGAUACAGCAGGACAAGAAAGAUUUCACAGCCUUGGUGCUGCAUUUUACAGGGGAGCAGAUUGUUGCGUACUCGUGUUUGAUGUCAAUCUACUCAGAUCUUUUGAAACCCUUCAAAAUUGGCAUGAAGAGUUUCUCAAGCAGGCAGAUCCUGUCAAUCCUGAGUCCUUUCCUUUUGUGUUGAUUGGAAACAAGGUCGAUGUGAAUUAUGGGAGGAGCCAAGCGGUACCUGAGAUGACUGUUAAGGACUGGUGUGCUUCCAGAGGAAAUAUACCUUAUUAUGAGACCUCAGCUAAAGAAGAUUACAAUGUUGAUCAUGCAUUCACUUCCAUUGCUAGAAUUGCUCUUGCAUAUGAACAUGACCAUGGGCAGGACAUUUGGCCAGAUCAAGAGAUACCAUCUUACUGUGACCUCCAAAGAAUACCAGAAUCCCUUUCAGGAGUUGAGCAGCAGAGGGGAGGAUGUGCAUGCUAACUUUGCUAGCCAACAUUGCUCAGUCCAGUUUAUUACUUCAUUCUUUGGUGUUUCAUGAUCUCUGUACAACACUCUCUUGUUUUCUUUAUCAGUUCAACCUAGCCAGCCAAAUGCUGACUACAAAAAUGUUUUGUAGUAGCAAAGAAGUCCAAAGUUGUUGUACAAUUCUUAAAGAAUUCAGCCAAGUUUUGCCA